AUGAUGGAAGGAGAGACUAUCUUCGUUCAAACGGAUCCAGCGUUUCAGAUAGUCCUUGACGCCACCAAUGAGUUAAGAGACCGAUUGCAAGUAACACACUUUCAAACCGCCGUUAUUACAGAUAUAGAAAGUAAUCAUCAACGAGACGAUCAUAGGUUCGUGUUUGACUUCGUGUCUUUUGGUCGAACGGCAUCAGCAGUUGUACGUAUGUGCAUGCUGGAAGCGGUGGGUGUUAGUCGAAAAUUUUGGCCGAAUAUCGGGCCAUACUCAUAUUCUAGGAAUAAGAACAAGCUAGAAAGAGAAGUUAUAGGCCCGCUUUUCUGUCUCGCAAAUGACAGGAAUACAGCGAGACACUACUGGUGCAAAUAUGAUCAACUCUAUCCCCAUUUUCGAAUAGAAGAUGCAUUCAGUGGCUUAGACAUCAAUCAACAAGAAAAUAUGUCAAGUAUGAUGCUUAUUUUGCGCAACAACUUCGCGGAGUUGAUUGAGAUAAUCACCACAUUUACUGCUAGGCGGAGGGCGGAGCAUCGGUUCAAUAGCUACGUCCAUGUCACCUGCAUUGUGCGAGAAAUUCAAGAAGGUAAAGACGGACCAUACACCAUCCGCUUGAAGGAGUUGGUGCAGCCCCUUAACAUCUCAGUUGAAUACUUUGAUCGAGUAAUGAAGAUAAGAAGCGCGGAGGAUGCCCAAAAUUUGCCAAGUCCUCUAGGAGAUGAAGAUGAUGAAAGCGAAGCUAAUGAAGGCGAAGCUGAUGAAAGCGAAGCUAAUGAAAGCAAAGCUGAUGAAAGCAAAGCUGAUGAAAGCGAAGCGAACAACGAGGGAGACAAUGGGAAUUAA